CUUCUUCUUCUUCUUCUCCUUGUUUUUCCUUUGCGAUCGCUCAGAACUUGGUUUUUGCCAGUGGAGACCGUGAGCUCUCAGAGCCUUUCUGGUUUUUCAGUUUGGGUUGGCAGAGUGUGGUUGCCAGCGGAGAGCGUGAGCUCCCCCUGGCAGUGGUGGACAGACGUGUCCUGAAGCCACAGGCCACGUUCUUCAAGGGACGCCUUGAAGGACUCUAGGAGGGACGGAAGUGCCCUCAUCUGGUGUAUUCUGCUGCCAACCCGUCUGGUCUUGCCGGCAAUUCUUUCUCUCGGGUUGAAUUCACUAUCUGUUUUUAAUCUUUGCCUCUGAACUUGUGUUACACGUUUACUGUGUGUGUCUGUGUUUGCGUCACGUUUGUAUUGUCCCUGUCUUUGUUCAAGUAACUUUCAUUAUGGGACAGAGUCAUUCCACGCCUCUGUCCCUGACCCUUGAUCACUGGACUGAAGUCCGCUUAAGGGCUCAGAAUCUUUCUUUUUCAGUAAAACGCCGGACCUGGCAGACUCUCUGUGCCUCAGAAUGGCCCGCCUUUGGAGUCGGAUGGCCUCCAGAAGGAUCUUUCUACUCCCCACUAAUUCGAAAAGUCAGAGAUAUUGUUUUUCAGCCGGGGCCACAUAGCCAUCCAGAUCAACAGCCGUAUAUCUUAACUUGGCAGGACCUCUGUGAAUCUCCUCCUCCAUGGGUGAAGCCUUUUCUUGUCCCUGUCCCCACUCCUACUCCUCCCCCCGCGAUUCUAUCUCUCAAACCCUCUGCUCCUCCUCCACCCUCUGUUCUCCCUGAGUCUCAAGAUUUGAUUCUACUGGAUUCUCCUCCCUUUCCUUAUCCCCUGCCUUUGUUCCCCAACCCCCAACACCCUCUAAGUGAUUCUCCUGCUGCUGACUCAGCCUCUCCACCAUUGGAGGAGGUUAAGCCGGCCCAGCACCCUCCAGAUAACUUCCCCGAGGCACACAUAACCCCUCCUCCCCUGGAGGAAGCUGGCCCGGCUAAAGGAACUCUCCGGCAGUGAAUGAUUAAAAACCCUGAAGCCCCCGUGAUACUUCCCCUCCGCCCUUAUGGGCCAAUGAUAGAGGAUGGCCAUGGUGGAGAAAUGCAAGCCUACCAGUAUUGGCCUUUCUCCUCUUCAGAUCUAUAUAACUGGAAAAAUAACAAUCCCCCUUUUUCCGAGGACCCCACCGGGCUCACAGGUCUGAUUGAGUCAUUGAUGUUUUCACACCAGCCUACUUGGGAUGACUGCCAACAACUCUUAGGCACUCUCUUCAUGACAGAGGAACAAAAGAGAAUCCUCCUGGAAGCUAGGAAAAAUAUCCUCGGACCAGAUGGGCGACCGACACAACUUCCCAACAUAAUCGAAGCCGACUUCCCCUUGAACCAACACAACUGGGACCCCAACACCUUUGAAGGUAGGGAGCAUCUGUCCACUUAUCGCCGGGCUCUAAUAGCGGGUCUCCGAGCAGCCGCUAGACGGCCAACUAAUUUGGCCAAGGUAAGAGAGAUUAUUCAAGGGCCUGAUAAAUCUCCCUCUAUGUUUCUAGAGAGAAUUAUGGAGACAUAUAGGAGAUAUACUCCUUUCGAUCCUCAAGCAGAGGAUCAAAAGGCAUCUGUCACGAUGGCCUUUAUUGGGCAAGCUGCCCUGGAUAUUAAAAGAAAGUUACAACGCUUAGAUGGAUUACAAGAUAUGACUUUGAGAGAUUUAGUCAGAGAAGCAGAGAAGGUAUACUAUAAGAGAGAAACUGAGGAAGAGAAGGAACAAAGGAGGGAGAAAGAAAGGGAGCAAAGGGAGGAAGAAAGAAGCAAAAGACAGACUGAGGCAUUGACUAAGGUCCUGGUCACAACAACAAAUAGGCCAGAAGUUAAGAGACAGGGAGACAGAAAGGGAUACCUGGGCCCACGCCAGAAGCUACCACCUCUGGCCUCAGAUCAAUGUGCCUACUGUAGAGAAAAAGGACACUGGGCCAAAGAGUGCCCUAGAAAGAAACAGCCACACCAGCCAGCCAUUCUAACUCUGGAGGAUGACUAGGAAAGUCAGGGCUUGGAUCCCCUCUCCGAGCUCAGGGUAACUUUUGAAGUGGAGGGGACCUCAGUAAACUUUGAAGUGGAUACAGGGGCAGUAUACUCAGCCCUUAAGGCCCCAUUGGGCCCUCUAUCAACUAAAAGGUCUCUAGUUCAAGGGGCUAACGGCAGUAAAUAUCAGGCUUGGACAACUAAGAGGACCAUGGACCUGGGAAAAGGAAAAGUCCAUCACUCCUUCCUAGUGAUCCCAGAAUGCCCAGCCCCAUUGAUGGGCAGAGAUCUGCUCACCAAGCUCCGGGCCAGAAUAACUUUUAACCCUGAAGGCCCCCAAAUGGAAUUUCUAAAUCCUUCAGUAAAAACUCCUAUAGUCAUGGCUUUAACUAUGUCAGUAGAAGAUGAACAUCAACUCUUCACACCCCCCAAGACUGAUCAAACAGGCAAGCUAUCCCAGAAAUGGAUAACAGAUUACCCAGAUGCCUGGGCAGAAACUGCUGGGUUAGGCCUAGCCGUAAAACAACCUCCAAUAAUGGUGGAGUUAAAAACCUCAGCCUCCCCAAUUAAUAUUAAACAAUAUCCUCUGAGCAAAGAAGCUAAAGAUGGGAUAAGGCCCCAUAUUCAGAAAUAUCUGGCCUUAGGGGUCCUAAGGCCCUGUCAAUUGGCCUGGAACACUCCCCUGCUACCAGUAAAAAAGCCAGGAACCGGGGACUAUCGCCCUGUUCAAGACCUAAGAGAGAUCAACAACAGAGUGCAGGACAUUCACCCCACAGUACCUAAUCCGUACAAUCUGCUUAGCACCCUGAACCCUGAGCAAAAAUGGUAUACUGUCCUGGACUUAAAAGAUGCUUUCUUUUGCUUGCCUCUGCAUAAAGAUAGUCAGUUGCUGUUUGCUUUCGAGUGGGUAGACCCAGAAACUGGAACGUCUGGUCAACUAACUUGGACCAGACUCCCACAGGGGUUCAAAAACUCCCCCACUCUCUUUGAUGAAGCCCUCCACAGAGAUCUCAACAACUUCAGAACCAUGCACCCUGAAGUCACCCUACUCCAAUAUGUGGGUGACCUGCUACUGGCAGCAGACACCAAGGAAAACUGUGAGUCUGGGACCCAAGCACUACUAUCCAAGCUUGCUCAACUCGGGUAUAGAGCUUCUGUCAAAAAGGCCCAAAUUUGCCAGCAAGAAGUAAUCUUCCUGGGCUAUUCCCUUAGGGGCGGUAAACGAUGGCUCACUGAGCCCAGAAAACAAACCGUUGUGCAGAUACCACCCCCAUCUAAUAGGAGGCAACUCAGAGAGUUUCUUGGGACUGCUGGCUUUUGCAGGUUAUGAAUACCUGGGUUUGCAUCCUUAGCUGCUCCUUUAUACCCAUUGUUAAAGGGAAAUGCCCAAUUCCAAUGGAACCCUGAGCACCAACAAGCUUUUGAUAACAUCAAAAGGGCGCUGCUAUGUGCUCUGGCCUUAGCACUCCCGGAUGUAGAAAAACCCUUUACUCUCUACAUUGAGGAAAAGAAAGGAAUAGCACAAGGAGUGCUCACUCAGACUCUAGGACCCUGGAGAAGGCCUAUAGCCUACUUAUCUAAAAAGCUGGACCCAGUGGCUAGUGGAUGGCCCCAUUGCCUAAAAGCUAUAGCAGCGGCGGCCCUACUAAUCAAGGAUGCUGAUAAGUUAACGCUGGGGCAGAAGCUAACCGUUAUAGCCCCCCAUGCCCUAGAGAGCAUCAUCCGCCAGCCACCAGACAGAUGGCUAUCAAACUCUAGAAUAACACACUAUCAGAGCCUGUUGCUUGACAAGGACAGAAUAACUGGGACCCCCCCCACCCCGCUUAACCCGGCUACACUACUACCUGAACAAUCAUCAGAACCCGUCACUCAUGACUGUCAACAUAUACUGGCAGAAGAAACCAGUAUACGACAGGAUUUAAAGGAUCAGCCUAACUAUUGCUGCCCCACCCUGAGGUCAUGGUUCACUGAUGGCAGCAGCUUUCUCCAGGACGGUAAGCGGUGGGCUGGGGCAGCAAUAGUUAGCAGAACUAAAGUCAUCUGGUCCUCUAGCCUCCUGGAGGGAACAUCGGCUCAAAAAGCAGAGCUGAUCGCCCUCACGAAGGCAUUAGAACUAGCGGCAGGCAAAAAGGCCACCAUAUACACAGAUAGCCGCUAUGCCUUCGCUACCGCUCAUAUAUACAGGGCUAUCUACCAGCAAAGGGGACUAUUAACCUCGGCGGGAAAAGAAAUAAAAAACAGAGAUGAGAUCCUCCGCCUCCUCUCAGCAGUGCAAAGCCCUAAAGAACUAGCUAUAGUGCACUGUCCAGGACACCAGAAAGGAAACGAUCCCGUAGCGGUCGGGAACAGGAGGGCGGAUGAAGAGGCUAAAUUGGCAGCCCUAAACGGAGUAACCAUGUUAACGCUUUCCACACGGGGGGAAUAUGAGUCAGGAGAUUUAACUACAUCAGAGCACCCUGACAAUUUAACAUCUAAGGACACUGACACUGAACUCCUUGACUACACUGAGCCCAGCUUGCAAUUUCAGAAAGCCCUACACUACAUUAAAAAGGUACAUCAACUCACUCACCUUGGUUCAAAGAAACUGCAGGCAUUCCUAAAGGAUAAGAACAGUUUUCCACUAACCGGCUCACAGAGAAAGGAAAUAGCUGAAUGAGUAACAAAAGCCUAUCGGGCCUGUCAAUUGGUUAAUGCUUACCCCUCCAAGCUUCCUGUAAGAAGGCGCCUUCGAGGGACCAGACCAGGACAAUUUUGGGAAGUGGACUUUACUGAAAUUAAGCCAGCAAGGUAUGGACUUAAAUAUCUUCUAAUCUUUGUAGAUACGUUUUCAGGAUGGAUUGAAGCCUUCCCCACAAAAAAAGAAACAGUGCAAAUGGUGGUCAAGAAGAUCCUGGAAGAUAUUUUUCCAAGAUAUGGCCUGCCUAAGGUAAUAGGGUCUGAUAAUGGACCGGCGUUCGUGGCCCAGGUAAGUCAGGGGUUAGCCAGGACCCUGGGGAUUAAUUGGAGGUUACAUUGUGCUUAUAGACCCCAGAGCUCAGGACAGGUAGAAAGAAUGAAUAGAACCAUUAAAGAGACCUUGACGAAAUUAAGCUUGGAGACCGGCAUAAAAGAUUGGACUAUGCUCCUGCCUAUGUUUCGUGCAAGAAAUACUCCCUCUGUUUCUUUGUGUAACCUCACCCCCUAUGAAAUUCUCUAUGGUGCCCCUCCUCCAGUAAGGGACCUAACCCCAACUCUAAGACCUGACGAUCCCUUCCACACCCCCUUGCUUGACAGACUUAAAGCUCUUGAAAAAACUCAGUGAUACCUGUGGAAACAGCUGGCCACUGCCUACAAACCUGGGGACGAAGGAACUCCACACCAAUAUCAAGUGGGAAACUUCAUCUACGUAAGACGACAUCAGGUGUCAUCCCUGGAACCCCGCUGGAAAGGACCAUACCAGGUGCUACUUAUAACACCUACAGCGGUAAAGGUAGAUGGAAUCACUUCCUGGAUCCAUGCCUCUCAUCUCAAGCCUGCGCCCUGUCCAGACUCUGGCUGGAAAUUGGAAAAGACUGGUAACCCUCUCAAAUUGCAUAUUCACUGUGUGGAUAAGGCUAUGGACUCUCCCCUUGACCACCAGUAGUCCUAACCCUCAUCAGCCCGUUCAGCAGCGAUGGCUAAUCACAAAUCCUACUGGACAAGAAGUAUGAUCUAUCUCACAUACAGCCCCCUUAGGGACCUGACGACCACCCCUCCACCCAUUCACUCCUCUCUUCUCCUGUCAGUGCCCACACCGGGUCCCACCAGGUCCUCUUACCAGCUAACCCAAAGCUCAAACCAGCUGAGGAGAGCCCUCAGACCCCUAUCCAAGAUGUAAUGAAAAUGGCCUUUAAAGUUGCUUUGUCAUCACUGAAAACAGGUUACUAAGAAUUUAAAGUCCCUCACAGGCUUUUUGGGAUACUCACUCCAGUCUUCCCUUCUGCUCUACCUGUUCUACUACUCAAGUUUUUGUUGCUAGGAAAAUCCCAAACCCCUUUCCCAUUAUCCACGGAGCUGCUCUCAGCCCCGCCUUCCCCGUCUUCCCCCUCUGUACCAGGCCCACAGAAAAGUCUUAACUGACCUUCUCCAGAAGUCUUCACCAUGGCUGACUUUAGGACUUUCAGCAAAAGAGUCCCUAUAAAAGAGUUCAGUAUAGAUAAACUUCCUCUUUUCAUGUUUCCCUGUUCUACUUGGCCACUGGCUGGAAAAUAUCAGCACUCCUAAGCUAGAUACCCCCUUACUAGUUUUUCACAAAAUAUGUGAACAAGGCCUCUGGCCUUGAGCUGGGGCUUCACAGAGAUGGCUACAUUUCUAAGAUAAAAAAGUUAUCAACUGGGCUCCAUGGUAACAGCUGGCAGGGGGAAAAAAAGAAAAGAAAAAAAAUUUUUCUCCCCCUCCCAGGUGUCCUUGAAAAGUUAACUUGCCCAGAACAGAGGAAAAAAACAGAAACAAAAACUGCUUUUUGUGAACUUCUGCAGACUGUGAACUUCUGAGCCCCUUCCCUUACAUGUUGAGUACAAAAUUCUGAAACUACCUAAACUUGGGGUUCAAAGGAUUAAUUGAUUACAACAGAAGCAAUGCCCUCUGAAUCCGGUUGCAACCAAAUAGGACUGUUUCCCUGUCUUCGGUGCUAUCUUAGGUGCCUUGCCUUGUCCGUCCCUACAACAGUAUAAUUCUAUAUACUUAAACAUUAUUUAUGUUUUCAUGAAAUGGUCAACAGAUGUGAUUAAUUGUAUAAUGGUGCAGAUGUUUCCCAGAGUGCUCUAUCAUGACACAGGUUCAUUUAAAGAUCAAAUAAGGGGACAUACAACCCGGUUCCACCGGGAACCCGUAUCCCUCACUUUAGCCAUCCUUUUAGGAAUAGGAGUUGCUGCAGGGGUGGACACAGGGACCACUGCCCUGGUCCGUGGGACACAACAAAUGACCCAAUUAGAAACAGCAAUGGACCAAAACUUAAAGAUAUUAGAAACCUCCAUCACAGCUUUGUAGGAAUCUUUAACCUCUCUCUCUGAAGUUGUUUUACAGAACAGGCGAGGGUUGAACCUCCUCUUCAUGAGAGAAGAAAGCCUUUGUGCUGCAUUGAGGGAAGGAUGUUAUUUUUAUGCCGACCAUACUGGAGUUGUAAAAGAAUCUGUGAGUAAACUAAGAAGACGCCUUGAAGAGCGUCAGAGAGAGAGAGAGGCCCAAAAAGGGUGGUAUGAGUCUUGGUUCACACAGUGCCCCUGGUUAACUACGCUUUUAUCAGCCCUGGCCGAUCCUUUAAUAAUUCUUAUAUUGUUGCUAACUCUAGGACCCUGUUUGCUCAACCGUGUAGUUUCCUUUCUCCAAGCCCAAAUUGGACAAGUCGAACUUAUGGUAAUCAGACAACAAUAUACCCCACUAGCAGACACAGAAUGUGACACCCCCCAAUGAUCACUUUUAUGAUUAAAAGUAGCCAGAAGAAGAAGUGGGGAAUGAAAGGUUAAUAAAAUAGGUACUUGCACUCCGUUUUUCUGUAUGCUUAACAAAACACUGUUGAAAUCCUGAGAACUGUUUGCUAAUCUUGUUCCCAGAAUGUGCUGUCCCCAACUGCCAAACUACAGAAUGCACUCCCUCACUCGGUUACAGGCAAACUGCCCACUCGCCCUGACCCGUCAAUGAACUUCCCUCCCUGCCCUCUCCAAGAACAGUAUAUAAGCUCUGCUUAAGCUGUUCCCAGGGCUCUAUCUCUCUUUGCUCUAGGGAGCUCUGAGCCCCAGCAUGCUGGUCCCCAAAUAAACCCUUUUGCUGUUGCAUGA